AUGUAUGAAGAUCAGUUUUAUAAUGAAAAUUUGAGAUUUUUACAUUCAGUUGGAAAAGUAAACAACAAUAUUCCUUUCGUUGAAUACCUCGCUCCACUAUUUCCACUCGAUUUCUAUCCUGCUGGUGAUAAGACUUGGAACAGAAGAGUAGAUUUCUUAAACAGACAGUAUUUUACAAAAAUGGAAGCUUCCAAAAUCUCAAUUAUUACAUGGAAUGUUGCAAGUAACAUUCCUCCUGUUAAUCCUGAUGAAUGCGAGUUCAUUUUUGAUGCAAAAGAACCAAUAAUUUGUAUUUCUCUUGAAGAAGUUGAAAUGUCUGUUCAAUCUGCCAUGAUUGGCAAUUCUCCUCAUCUUGAAGACUGGCACAAUGUUUUUAUUAAAGCUGGACUUAAAAAUGGUUACAGAUCAAUCCAUCAUUCAAUGUUAGGCAGCGUUUAUGUAGAAAUUUUUAUUAAAAAUGACUUACAUCACAAAUCAGAGAUCAUUGGCAUUGAAACCAUUCGUUUUGGAGGGGCAGGAACUCUUGCAAAUAAAUCUGCUAUUUUUGUCACUAUGAAAGUGGCGGAAACAACCAUAUCUUAUUGUGGUUGUCAUCUGAUUCCCCACAGAGAGAACUUACAGGUUCGAAACGAACAGCUGCAAACAAUAAUUUCAAAAUUAAACGAAAUUGAUAGUGAUUACAAGUUUAUCAGUGGUGAUCUUAACUAUAGAUUGCAGCUAGAUUAUGACGACUGCAUUAAUAUCUGCUUGGAAAAUGGAAUCAGUAAAUUAUUACCUCAUGAUGAGCUUUUGCAAGAAAAAUUCCCUAUCAUUGAAGGCGAGAUUGCGUUUUUACCAACAUAUAGGUUCGAUAAGAAUUCACAGAUCUAUGAUACUAGCAAAAAACAAAGAGUCCCUUCUUAUUGUGAUAGAAUUAUAGCGGUUAAGAACGAAAAUCUUAAAUUCGAAACAGAAUCAAAUAAUAUGAUAUUUGAAACCGAUAUUAUAAGGGAUACGAAGAUUGGCGAGUUUGCAGGCGAAUCUUAUUUUGGUGUUUCAACUGGAGAACCAAACUACCCAAUAUCUCCAAAGCCAAUCCAGUAUAGAUCCUUCAAAAAUGUUACAAUUAGUGAUCAUCGCCCGGUAAAUGCAGUUUUCGAAUUUACUCUUUGUGUAAUUGACGAAGAAAGAAAGAGUUUAUAUCUCAAAAUCAAAAAUAAAAGGAGAGAUGAGCUUUCAAUGUUGUCUAUUCCACAUCUUACCGUCGAUAAAAGAAGUUUCGUUCUGAAAUCAGAUGACCAAAUAGAAUUAAUGAAUAAUUCGUGUGCAACUGCUGAAUGGAAUAUAGAUAAACUAGACACACUCGAUAUAUCACCACUCAAAGGUACUUUGCCCCCUGGAGAAAAACAAGUCCUCAAAAUAUCUCCGAUCAACUUGAAAGAUUUCGAACUCGUAACUAUUAAUAUUAAUGAAGGUAAUCCAUUAUUCUUGGAAAUCUUAGAAAAAGAUCAGAACCAUAAAGUAUAA